UUCUUUGUUUCAUAAAUAAAUGUAGAAGUGCUUCUAAGUUGCCAUCUAUUCCAAUAUCCAUUGAAAUGGCAGCGGCAGCAAAAGGUGUUUGGUUUCUGUUCCGACAUGCCAUUCCCACUAAAAGCGCGAUGGUGUCUUUCCCUUCAUUCUCUUAUUCUCACAAACAUAAACACAAACAGUUAGUGGGUCUUCGCUCCUUCAAGUGUUCUUGCACUGCCCCACUCUCCACCACUACCUACGAGUUUUCUGAUGGCUCCUCUGAGGUGGAGUUAAGAUUAAACAUAGGAGGAUUAGAUGUUGGAAGUUCAAGAGAUUUAUCAGUUAAUGCUGAUGACACUUCUUUAGCUAUCAGAGUAUUGAGGCCAGGAUCUCCCAUCACACUCAUAGAAACUAAACGCCUUUUCGACAGGAUUAAACCUGCUGAAACUAUAUGGUACCUUGAUGAUGAUCAACUGGUUGUGAACUUCAAGAAACAGGAUCCUGAUUUGAAAUGGCCCGAUAUCAUGGAGUCGUGGGAAUCGCUUGCUGCCGGAUCCACACAACUGUUGAAAGGUGCAUCGAUCUACCUUGUUGGCGAAUGCACCGAAAUCAACCAGAAAGUGGCUCAAGAGCUUGCAACUGGACUUGGGUACACACCACUUAGUACAAAAGAGUUACUGGAAUCAAUUUCAAACCAAACAGUGGAUUCAUGGCUUCUUGCUGAAGGUUCUGAUUCAGUAGCAAAGGCAGAAAGUGCAGUACUAGAAAGCAUUAGCAGUCAUGUGAGGACAGUUGUUGCAACACUAGGAGGGAAACAUGGAGCUGCCGGAAGUGCUGAUAAGUGGCGGCAUCUUUAUGCUGGUUUUUCUGUCUGGUUGUCACAGACUGAAGCCAAAGAUGAAGAUUCUGCAAAGGAGGAGACCCAUAAAAGCGUCAGAGAUGGCAGUACUGCAUACACAAAUGCAGAUGUGGUUGUUAAACUUCAGGGCUGGGAUCCUGCAUAUGCCAAAAGUGUGGCACAAGCAUGUUUGAGUGCCUUAAAACAGUUAAUCCUGUCAGACAAGAAACUCCCAGGCAAAAAGAGUCUGUACAUAAGACUAGGAUGUCGUGGUGAUUGGCCAAACAUCAAGCCACCCGGUUGGGAUCCAUCAAGUGAAGGCGACAUGAACUAGGCACACAGUAAUGCUGCUUGUAAAGAUUAACUUGAAUUUGUCUUACCAUAAAGGUAACAUGAGAUGGCUUCAAUGAUUCAUAUUGUAAUUUUAUUGCCAAAAACAAAGUGCUCUAUGGACAACUACGCAAUGGAAGGGGGAACAUUCAUGUAAGAGAUCCUUUCGUAUUCGCCAACCAAGUACUAAAUCCAUUAUGAUUUGCCUUUCUCAUAA